AACGUAAAUUGGCAUAUUUUAGGAUAUGUUAUUUACCGCGUUCGCGUAAGGAGAGGUGGCCAUAAACGCCCCGUCACAAAGGGACAGACUUAUGGAAAGCCGAAAUCCCAUGGUGUCAAUCAGUUGAAGCUGGCCAAAAGUCUCAGAGCUGUGGCCGAGCAACGAGCCGGAAGACGAUGCGGAGCCCUGCGCGUCUUGAACUCGUAUUGGGUGGGUCAGGAUUCUACCUACAAGUUUUUUGAAGUGAUAAUGGUCGAUCCGUUCCACAACGCUAUUCGACAUGACCCACAUAUCCAGUGGAUAUGCAAGCCAACAAUGAAGCACCGUGAAAUGAGAGGAUUGACGGCAGCCUCGAAGUCAUCUCGCGGCCUAGGCAAAGGUGAGUUUAAAACUAAUAUGCUCAGAUUCCAAGCCUUGUUUUAA